CCUCCGUGGACGGUCUUGGCUGGGGCGGAGGGGCGGCCCCGGUUGGGUGCCCGUGAAGUGAGCAAGGCCUGAGGAGCCGCCGCGAGGAAGGGCGCCUCCAUUUCCCUCACAGCUGCAUUUAAAGGCAGACUCUGGUAUGUUACCAUGGACGGACAACACAAUCAUCCACAUCAUCUAGGGGACCAGAACAACCCACUCUGCAAGGUGGCGGGCCCGGAAUACCAGCACGAUGCACAAAGGCAUCUGACAUCAUACCCAUAUCGCUGCACCUUAGCAGACUUUCAGAUAGAAAAGAAAAUUGGACGAGGACAAUUCAGUGAAGUCUACAAGGCCACUUGCCUUCUGGACAGAAAACCAGUGGCAUUAAAGAAAGUGCAGAUAUUUGAAAUGAUGGAUGCCAAGGCUAGACAAGACUGUAUUAAAGAAAUAGACCUUUUGAAGCAACUGAACCACCCCAACAUAAUCAAGUAUUUGGAUUCCUUUAUUGAGGACAACGAACUCAAUAUCGUACUGGAACUAGCAGAUGCUGGUGACCUUUCUCAAAUGAUAAAGUAUUUUAAAAAGCAGAAGCGGCUCAUUCCAGAAAGGACGGUGUGGAAGUACUUUGUGCAGUUGUGCAGCGCAGUCGAACACAUGCACUCCCGCAGGGUGAUGCACAGAGACAUAAAACCUGCCAACGUGUUUAUAACCGCCACUGGAGUCGUGAAACUGGGGGAUCUCGGACUGGGCCGCUUUUUCAGCUCUAAAACCACUGCAGCACAUUCCUUAGUGGGAACACCUUACUACAUGUCCCCGGAAAGAAUCCACGAAAAUGGCUAUAAUUUUAAAUCAGAUAUCUGGUCUCUGGGCUGCUUAUUGUAUGAGAUGGCAGCUCUUCAGAGUCCCUUCUACGGUGAUAAAAUGAACCUGUUUUCUCUCUGCCAGAAGAUAGAGCAGUGCGAUUACCCACCUCUUCCGGCUGAACAUUAUUCUGAAAAGUUGCGAGAGCUAGUCAGCAUGUGCAUAUACCCGGAUCCUGAUCAGAGACCCGACAUUGGCUACGUGCACCAGCUAGCAAAACAGAUGCAUGUGUGGACCUCCAGCACUUGAAGAGUCGGCCGGCGCGCUCCAAGAAAAGCCGUCCCAGCUUAGUCUUACUUGAACCUUCUGUCUCCGACAAAUAACCAUGAGGUGCCUCGCCAAACUCCAGCGGGAAAGUUGAGCCCUUCCUAGGGAAGACGCUUUCCGAUUUCUGCAGGCCAUUUGCAGGAGCGCUCGCAGGGCGGAUCCGCUCUCCAGUGAAGGCUGUGAGGUGCUGCUGCAAGUGUGCGUUGCUUUCUAAAAAGCCAAUAACAUGUUACAGAUGUAGAUCACUUUAAAAGAUCCUUUCUUAAAACUGUUGUGUGUAAUCUAGGUUAGGCUAUAAUAGCAAGGGUUUCUCAUUUGUGUUGUUCGACACGCCCCUUGUAUCUUAACUAAUGUGAAAUAUUGAAAUAAUUCCUUUGGUGAAAUCACUUUAUACUAAUGUAAGAAUUACAGUAGAUUUUUUUUGAUGUAAUUUGUGUAACGGCUACUUUGCCUCUUUUGCUAAUGGUUCAUAGCAAGUUCGGUUUCUAGUUCAUAUAUUUUUUAAAAGAAACGUCCAGCCUGGAGUUUUAUAUUCCCCUCCAUUGUCAGAAUGGGAGCGAGGGAACAUGUUUGAAGAUUUUUUAAAAAAAAUGAAUUUAAACGUUAGGACGAGUAUUUUAUGAUGCAGUUUAUUUGUCACUAUAUGGGUGCAUUCAGUGAGGGCUCCAGCAUAGGCCUCAAACCAAAGCUUUUUUUGGGCCGGGGGUGGGGUCAGUUUCUGAGCCAGUGCUGGCAGAUAUUAUGAGAAUCUCAGUAGCCAUUCUUACAUGACCAGUGUUAACUGUAAGCAAAAAAAAAGUCUGGGCUUGGGGGAAAGAUACACUUUUUGUAAAAUUAGUGGUAGUUAAGCCACCUAUAACUAUUCUGAAGCAGUGUUUUCGACAUGCAUUGACCAUGAAAUAAGGUAAGUUAAAAGAAAUCCUGUUGAAAUGCAAAACGAUCACCCACACUUAUUAACUGUGAAAACUCAGAUAUGAAUGUGAAUGUUUUAGACAAGCUGAUUUGAAGGAAGUGAAAAGGCUUAAAAUUUUCAUUUACAUGGGUUUUAGGUCAGCCAGAUCAGUUUCACUGACUUGGUGGUUCCUUUUCUUUUGGCCACAGAAAACCAUCACUGGAUGGCUGCUAGUCAGCUGGCGGGAAGCCAGGUUCCUCUUUUGGAUUUUGGGGGGGAGGGGUUGCUUGGUCUGCUUCAGUUUUUCUGAAGAUGAUGUUCUUAAGACAGGGAAGACCAGUACUUUAUAAGGCGAAACGUAGCCUCUAGGCUUGGUAUUCGAAGCAGCUUCUCUCCUCCCGAGAAACAGAAGAGUAAGCAUCUGUCCUUCCAGUGAAUUUCUCUCACUUGCUCACUCCCUGCCUUUAAAGGACGAGGGCAGUGCCAACAACUAAUCAAUUUUGAAACAAUCCUCCAAAGUGUUAAUAUCAGUGUUUAAUUGCUGUGAAAGAUGCUGGCAGUGCAAACUCAGAGGGAAGUCCAGCCUAUCGAUCUCCUUCGAGAGCUGGGGAAAUUUCAGCUUUAUUGCAAAGACAGCAGCACUGUCUUCUACAAUUCUGUGCUCAACUGCUUAUAAACUCUUGCGGGUGGGGGCUUUGUCUUUCAAGGCAAGUAAAGGGUAUUUCCUUUAUGGCGCUUCAGGUUUCCUUUGAACUAUAUAUGACUGUCUUUGCAGCGGGUAGGUUGCAACGUGGAAUAAUAGGUCUCUCUGGCUGUUGGGAAGCUUCAAAUUUCAGGUGGGUCUGUUAAAUCUGGUCUCCGCUUGCUCUGUAAGGUCUAGUAGUGCUUCAGUAAAUGUAUUUCCAAAGAAAUUUUUGCAACUGUGCAUUUUUAGGUAAGACAUAAAAUGAUUUACAAAAUAAAGUUUUCUUUGUAAAAAGAA